AGGGAGUGGGUGGGGGUGUUCAUGCUCUCUGAAUACGGCAAACUGUGCAGCACCAGGAAUCUAGCCAUGCCAUCUGAGCAGAGCAACGAGGCUACUCUUUUGUGGUGAUUAAAAAAAAAGCCAACAGAAAAGACCAGUGGAAGAAGCAGAGGUAGAGAAAGACACACAGAGAGAACGGGAGAAGAAAGAAGAUUGGGGUUGGAGAGGAUUUAGAGUCAGUCUUUGGAGCCUGGUGACAGCUCCCUCGGCAGCCAGAGAGGUGGUAAGCAGCUCAGAAUGAAGCUAGCUGUGGUCCUUCUGCUUGUGACCAGCCAGCUGAAUGUCCAGGUUGAGUCCCAGGGGAAGGAUGUUGCCUGCGAAGAUAAUGAUGUCUUCCAAGCUGUGGAUGUAGCACUGACGAACUACAAUAACCAAAAGUCAUCUGGCCCCCAGUUUGCCUUGUACCGAAUAAUGACAGCCUCGUUGACGGACUCCAGUGAGAACACCUUUGCAAUAACCUAUGAAGUCCGAGAGAGCAACUGCAUGAUCGAAACAGGCAAAAACUGGAAAGAAUGUAGCUACAAAGAUUCUGCAAAUCGGGAGCAGGGAGAAUGCACGGCCAUAGUGAAGAGUCAGAAUGGAAAAGAAUUCAACAUCAUUGAACAGAAUUGCCACAUCAUUCCAGCUCAUGACAUAGCGGUGGAAGUUCAUAGCUCAUGCCUUGGAUGUUUCAAUCUCAUAUCAACCAACAAUUCAGAUUUGGAAGCAAUUUUGGAACAUGCUCUUCAAUCUUUCAAUGAAAAAUCUAAGCACGAGCACCUCUUUGCCCUUAAAGAAGUUGUGAGUGCCUCGAGACAGGUAGUCAAUGGGUGGAACUAUAAGGUCCAGUAUUCAAUCAUGCAGACUGAUUGCUUAAAGAAGGAAGAUGAACAAUUAAGUCCCAAGUGCAAGCCUAUGCCUCAGGGGGAGAUAAGUGUCUGCAGUGAUUUCACCCAUGUAGACCCCCAAAUGAAAAUCAAUAUCCUCUCACAGACUUGUGAUCCAGGGAAUGACUCAGCAUCUUCUGUGACCCAAAAGAUGUCCGUCUACAGCCCAGAGCUGAAUGAGUCUUUGAGACAGUCCCUGGAAAAAAUUAACUCCGAGAGUAAAAAUGGCUUCUAUUUCAAGAUGAGCAGCGUUCUGAAAGCAGAAUCCCUGGUAGGAUCUGGACCCAAAUAUUCCAUAGAAUUUCUUAUUGGAGAAACGGAAUGCUCCAAAGAGAAAGACAAAUAUUCUGAAGACUGUGCAUUUAAGGAACGUGGGGACGUUCUGAAAUGCAUAGCGAAUGUUUCUGUAGAUGAUGUGGGGACAUUUAAUCCUAUGAUUCACUGCAAGGAACCGACACAGAUGCUUAUGAAAAGGCCUCCAGGUUUUUCGCCCUUUCGAGCAGCAGCAAUAGCUCCAAGUGAGCCCCAGACUUCUGAUAUGCCGGAAGAGGAAGAACAAGCCCCAGGAAAAGAACAAGGGCUUACUCGUAGCUUUGGUCACAGGCACAGGAAGGAACAUGACUCUGGCCAUGGGAACAGAGACCACCCUGGCCUUGGCCUUGGGCAUAAACAUGGGCAUGGUCACAGUCAAGCACAUGGCUACUGGCACAAACACAAGCAUGGUGAAGGCCAUCAGAAACAUGAAAAAAAAGAGAAGAAAAGUCAGGGGAGUUGGACAAAUGAGUAUCUGGACAGCCCAACUGAAGAGAAUUCUCCUUCCAAGACACAAAAGGAGACACAAGGCCCACCACCCCCCCUUAGCUCAUUGCUGCAAGGGGUCGCUCCUCCUCCUUCUGAUUUACAAGAUUUAGAUCUCCUUGAUCUUAACCCAACAAAUCCUCCAUCUGAGCCUACAACUGAGGAGAAAAAGGAGAAGGCAGGGGAGGUAGAGGACACAGAGGACGACUGGAUCCCAGACAUUCCUGUCCAGCCAAAGAGCUCUUUGUUUACUUUGUUACUUGAUUUUCCAGAACCACUUGCGGCCAAAUGCCCUGGACGCCCAUGGAAACCAAUUGAUGUGAUAGACCCAGUCAGGGAAGAGAGCCCACAUGUGGUGGGCUUUGAGCUCUCUGAUGCUCUUUAAGAUGGGAAUAAAUUAUUCUCCUCCUGGCCCUUCAGCAUCCUACUGCCCAGGCAUAAUGGACUAUGCCAGGAAACCUCAGAAUAGCUUAGAACAAAGGUUGAGACUCAGCAUGGAGGCUGGGAGUCUCAAUGAACUAGCGAAAAGUUGUUUUGCAAAGAGCAAAUCUCUCCUCAUUCCUUCAGGCAAGUGAGUUCUCUCAGCAAGGUGGAAGAUGGAGAAAGUGGAUUUGUUUUGAGGCCAUUUUCAGCUGAAGUUUCUAGCAACAGAUAUCAAGGAGGAAGGAUAUUUCUUGCUUGGGAGGAUAAUUAAUUGUUAUCUUUAAUUAUCCAUGUAAACUAACUUUCACCUGUGCACAAGUGUCAAAGAACAAAAAGUAAAUGGGAACUAAGGAUAUGCCUGGCACAUAAUUAAUUGGUGCUUAAUUAAUGCUUGUUGAUUGAUUGAUAGAAGUAUGAUUAUCAAAGAAACUUUUUGUGAUUGCAGAGACUGGAGCAGUAUUUGAUGGAAAGGCAGGGCCAAAGAGUAGAGGGUGCAGAAGGAACCCUUUGGACCUCUUCUCUGGAUCCACCUCCCAAAACAUCCUUAGCUUUCGGCAAUGGAACAAUAUUUUUUCUGUUCUGUUGCUGUUGCAAUGCACUCUAGCUAGCCUGUGACUGAUUCUUAAAACUGCCCCAUUUUCUUUCUCUACUUUUGCAUGGGGAAGCAUGGACUAACUUAUGGUUGUUUGGUGAAGCUCUAACUUCAAAUGGCUUAUUCUACUCUAUCUCUAUCCUGUCUCUACUUUGGCUCAUUAUCUUUACUUUGAUUCAUUAGAGCAGGGGAAAAAUCCUACUCAGUCCCCUGGAAAAUAACUCAUGCUAUACUUAAUUGGGAAUAAACCAAUCAGCUUAAUCACAUUUUACUGUUCUUACAAGGACACUUAAGGCCUUGUAUAUAUCAGAACCAACACCAAAGGAAAGAUCCAUAGUAGAUAUACUAAUCGAGGAUAGAAGCCUCUUGACAUUAACUCAGUGGAAAGGUUUGCAGCUCCCAAAUUCCCUAAGUCAUCAGGCAGAGGGGAAUGCAAGUGAUUGACAUUGACCUCAUCGAAAGGAGCAGCAACUCACUACUCUGCAGGAGUGAAAUAAAGUUAAAUCAUGAUUCUCUGA